AUGUGGAAACAACUAACUAUAGCUCUGGCAGCAAGUACUUCAGUUAUUACUGCCGAAAAAUUUAAUGUUGUCUUAUCAACUGAAGAUGUCGGAGGUGACUCGACUAGUGCUUCAAACAAUAAACCGAUCACCGUUCACCUUGACAGAAACAAUAUGUCUCCAGAACUUAUUCAAAAGCUUGAACAAUCAUCCAACAUUGUGUUUGCUGGUUUAGAUGAAUUACCAGAGUUCGUUAAUCAAAAAGAUUACUCCGCAAUUGUCAAGAAGAUCUACGAAAGUGGUAAGAACGUUUCACCAAAGAAAGAUUAUGAAGAUGAGGAUAGUGAUAGCGAAUACGAUUCAAGUGAAAGUGAUGAUGAAUCUGAAAGUGACGAUGAAGAUAAGGAACACCUAUCAAAGAAACAGAAAUUAAAGAAGAAACUAGGUAUGGGCAAAAAAAAGAAAAACACCAAGAAUAAGAAUACAAACAACAAUAGUGAGACUACUGAUAUCAAGAAGGUCAAAACAAAUCAGGGGUGUAAGCAUUUGACAAAGGAUAAAACUUCCGAUAAUAAUGAUGAAUGCAUUUCUACUGAUGAAGAUGAUGACUAUGAGUACAUCCCUACUCCUUUUGGAAAGCAUUGGUCAGGUGAUGAUGAUGGAGAUGACGACUACGACUACGAUCAUGAUUACAAUGAUGACAAAGAAAAAGAAAACCACGAAAAAGAUGAACACAAAAACCAUGAUGAUAAUGAAAAGGAAGAAGAACACGAAGACCAUGAACAUGAAGAGGAUAAUGAGACAGAUGAUGAAGAUAAGGAUGAUGAUCAUAUUUGUUCAAAGAAACCAAAGGGUAAAAAAUGUAAGAAUAAAACAAAAACAUCACACUCCUUAGAACCUACAAGUGCACCCAGUGUCAUUUAUGAAUCUUCCCUUUCUCCUAUCAAACCCGUCAAUAGUCAUUUAAGUGCCUUAUCGGAAUCGACUACUGUCCUAACUUCAAUCCCCACCAGUACUAUCUUUACCACUGCUCCACCUGUGAUUUCAUCCUCUACAUCGAUGAUUUCAGCUGUUUCGGUUUCUUCUAAAGUCAAGGCCAAGAAGAAGAUAUCAUCUAAAGUCUCAAAAUCGAACCAAACAAGAACUGUUGUCUUAUCAUCCAAGUCAACUCAAACCCCAAGCAUAGCUGUACUUCCAAAAAAGGUUAAUGUUACCAAAUCUAAUAUGAAUGGAACUAUUGGAGAAUUUGAAGCUAAGGCUAACCAUUUAGGUGGUCGCAGUGUUCCAGCAAUUGCCCUAUCUUUAUCUGCUAUUUAUGUUCUUGUUUCAUUCUAA